GCCUUCCUUUGCAUUUUCCUUCCCCACCCGAGAGAGAGGCAGAGAGAGGGAUCACAGACACAGAGAGGCAGGCAGAGAGAGGGGGUCUUCUUGCUCCUAAGAGGAGCUCUGUGGAGGGGAGUGUCAUAAAGGCGGGAAAAGCCAUUAUUAUCAUUAUUAUUAUUGGGGGGCCCAGCCAUGCCCUUGGCUUUCUGUGGCACCGACAACAACUCGGCUGCCUACAAGGUGAACGACGGGGUGCUGAACAACGGCUGCUUCGUGGACGCCCUCAACGUGGUGCCUCACGUCUUCCUGCUCUUCAUCACCUUCCCCAUCCUCUUCAUCGGAUGGGGAAGCCAAAGCUCCAAAGUUCAUAUCCAUCACAGCACAUGGCUUCAUUUUCCUGGACAUAAUUUACGCUGGAUUUUGACUUUCAUCCUUUUGUUUGUGCUGGUGUGUGAAAUAGCAGAGGGCAUAGUGUCAGAUGGCGUUUCUGAAUCCCAUCAUUUGCACCUGUACAUGCCACCUGGGAUGGCAUUCCUUGCAGCCAUCACAUCAAUUGUUUAUUAUCACAACAUUGAAACAUCUAAUUUCCCAAAAUUAUUAAUAGCCUUGUUAUUCUACUGGACAUUAGCUUUUAUAACAAAAACCAUCAAAUUUGUAAAGUUUUGUGAUAAUAAGAUUGGACCUCCGCAACUUCGAUUCUGCCUCACUGGGCUUUUAGUAGUUCUUUAUGGAAUGCUACUACUUGUAGAAAUUAAUGUCAUCAGAGUAAGGAGAUAUGUUUUCUUCAAAAAACCUAAAGAGGUUAAGCCCCCUGAGGACCUUCAGGACCUUGGAGUCAGGUUCCUGCAACCUUUUGUGAAUCUGCUGUCCAAAGGAACAUACUGGUGGAUGAAUACAUUCAUUAGAACAGCCCACAAGAAGCCUAUAGACUUGAAAGCCAUAGGCAAGCUGCCUAUUGCCAUGAGAGCGCUGACAAAUUACAUGUGCCUCAAUGAGGCUUUUAAAGCACAAAAGAAUAAAGACACCCCAUAUCCACAAGGAUCCAGGUCUAUCUGGUGUGCCCUCUGCCAUGCCUUUGGGAGGCCUUUGGUUCUUAGCAGCACUUUCCGUAUCCUGGCAGAUUUGCUUGGAUUUGCUGGCCCACUGUGUGUCUCUGGCAUUGUUCACCAUGUUGGAAAAGGAAACAACACAUUCCGCCCCCAGACUAAAAUACUUGGUGUUUUCUUCAUUUCAUCUCAAGAAUUUCUGGCCAAUGCUUAUGUUCUGGCAGUCCUCCUUUUCUUUGUUCUUCUGCUCCAGAGAACAUUUCUCCAGGCUUCAUACUAUGUUGCAAUUGAAACAGGAAUUAACCUUAGAGGAGCAAUACAGACAAAAAUUUACAAUAAAAUCAUGCGGCUAUCAACUUCUAACAUGUCCAUGGGGGAAAUGUCUGCAGGCCAGAUCUGUAACCUAGUUGCUAUAGACACAAACCAGCUGAUGUGGUUCUUCUUCCUUUGCCCUAACCUUUGGGCCAUGCCAGUACAGAUUAUUGUAGGAGUCCUUCUACUUUACUACCUCCUUGGAAUCAGCGCCUUAAUUGGAGCUGCAGUAAUCAUAGUUCUUGCACCUGUUCAGUAUUUUGUAGCUACAAAACUUUCACAAGCUCAAAGAAGCACUUUGGAAUAUUCCAAUGAAAGGCUAAAGAAAACAAAUGAAAUGCUUCGAGGCAUAAAACUCCUUAAACUCUAUGCCUGGGAACACAUCUUUCAUAGCAGUGUGGAGGAAACUCGGCAAAAGGAAAUGACCAGCCUCAGGGCUUUUGCUCUCUAUACCUCCAUAUCAAUUUUCAUGAAUGCAGCAAUACCUAUUGCAGCAGUUCUUAUAACAUUUGUCGUCCAUGCCCAUGUGUUUCGAAACACUGACUUUUCUCCUUCGGUGGCCUUUGCUUCACUCUCCCUCUUUCACAUCCUGGUUACACCUCUGUUCCUGCUCUCCAGUGUGGUUAGAUCCACUGUCAAAGCUCUUGUAAGUGUUCAGAAACUGAGUGAAUUUCUCUCAAGUGAAGAAAUUGGAGAAGAGCAUGACAGAUGUUCAGAGCCAAAAUGCAAAGACAACCACAGCAAAUAUCAAGCUGUUCCCCUCAAAGUUGUUAACCGUAAGAAGCCUGCGAGAGAGGACUGGAACAGUUACAGCUCUCCUAUCAGAAGACCUGUUAAAGUCACAGAAGCAGAUGAUUAUUGUGUAAAGGUCACAAAUGGAUUUUUCACUUGGACGCCUGAAGGAGCUCCAACAUUGUCCAGUAUUGAUAUUCGAAUUCCUCAAGGUCAGUUGACAAUGAUCGUGGGCCAGGUGGGCUGUGGUAAGUCAUCGCUCUUGCUAGGGAUACUCGGGGAGAUGCAGAAGGUAUCAGGAAAUGUAACCUGGAACAGCAAUAUUCCUGACAGUGAGAUGGGGGAAGAUGUCAGUCCAGAGCAGGAAACAGCUGUUGACUUGGAAACAAGGAAAAGAGGAGCAGUGGCAUAUGCUUCCCAGAAACCAUGGUUGCUAAAUGCUACUGUGGAAGAGAAUAUCACAUUUGAAAGCCCCUUCAAUAAACAAAGGUACAAAGCAGUAAUAGAUGCUUGCUCUCUUCAACCUGAUAUUGACAUACUACCACAUGGAGAUCAAACUCAGAUUGGGGAGAGGGAUGAUCCUUUUUCUGCACUGGAUAUCCACUUAAGUGACCAUCUUAUGCAAGAAGGAAUCCUCAAUAUGCUACGAGAGGACAAGAGGACUGUUGUUCUGGUCACUCACAAGCUACAAUAUCUACCCCAUGCUGACUGGAUUAUUGCAAUGAAGGAUGGUACCAUUCAGAGAGAAGGCACACUCAAGGACAUUCAGAAAUCAGAAUCUGAGCUCUUUGAACAUUGGAAAACACUCAUGAAUCGACAGGACCAAGAGCUGGAGAAGGAGAGCUUAAUUGAAAGAAAAACUGUAUUGGAUAGGAAGAAUCUCCAAAGGACAGUGUAUUCUCGAGACUCUCUACUCCAAGAUGAUGAAGAGGAUGAAGAUGAAACACCAGAAAGUGAUGAUGAUGAUAAUCUGUCUUCUGUCCUUCAUCAAAGAGCAAAGAUGCCAUGGCAAGCGUGCGGAAAAUACCUUAGCUCAGCAGGAUUCCUCCUCUUGCCUUUGCUGGUCCUUUCACAACUGCUGAAGCAUUCAGUGAUGGUGUCCACUGACUUUUGGCUAGCCCAUUGGACAUCUAAUGCCAUUGCUCCCAGGGGAGAAAAAAACUGCACUGAUGAACAGGAAUGCAGAUUUGACCAUACCCACUAUUCAAAGAUAUUCACCAUUCUUUGCAGCCUUGGAAUUAUACUAUGUCUUGUAACAUCAAUAGCAGUAGAAUGGACUGGUUUAAAAGUUGCCAAGAAACUACAUUGUCUUCUGCUGAAUAAAAUUAUUUUGGCCCCAAUGAGGUUUUUUGAAACAACACCACUGGGAAGUAUACUGAACAGAUUUUCGGCUGACUGUAACACUAUUGACCAGCAUAUUCCUGCCACCCUGGAGUGUUUGAGCCGUUCCACCUUGCUCUGUUUAUCAGCACUUGCUGUGAUUUCAUAUGUUACGCCUGUGUUUCUCAUAGCACUAGUUCCUCUUGCUGUCAUAUGCUAUUUCAUCCAAAAGUACUUUAGAGUAGCAUCAAGGGACCUGCAGCAGUUAGAUGACAGUACUCAGCUCCCAUUACUUUCUCACUUCUCAGAGACUGUGGAAGGUCUGACAACUAUACGGGCAUUCAGGUAUGAAUCCCGGUUUAAACAGAAGCUCCUUGAAUAUACAGAUUCUAACAACAUCGCUUCCCUUUUCCUUACAGCUGCCAAUCGCUGGCUGGAAGUUCGGAUGGAAUAUAUUGGGGCAUUUGUGGUGCUCAUUGCAGCUGUUGCUUCAAUUACAAACUCUCUGUACAGCAAGCUCUCAUCAGGUCUUGUAGGCUUGGGACUAACAUAUGCUCUGAUGGUAUCCAACUACUUAAACUGGAUGGUCCGCAACUUGGCUGAUAUGGAACUCCAGCUUGGAGCUGUGAAAAGAGUCAAUAGCCUUAUCAAAACAGAAGCUGAAAACUAUGAAGGCUUUCUCUCUCCUGCACAGAUUCCUCAGAACUGGCCUGACCAGGGUGAGAUUCAAAUACAGAAUCUGAGUGUCCGCUACGACAGUACUCUGAAGCCCGUGCUAAAACAUGUCAGUGCUCACAUUUCUCCAGGACAAAAGAUUGGAAUAUGUGGCCGAACUGGCAGUGGAAAAUCAUCCUUUUCUCUUGCCUUUUUCAGAAUGGUUGACACUUUUGAAGGAAGGAUCAUAAUAGAUGGUAUAGACAUUGCCAAGCUUCCCUUACAAACGCUGAGGUCCAGGUUGUCUAUCAUUCUUCAAGAUCCUAUUUUGUUCAGUGGCACAAUUCGAUUUAACCUGGAUCCAGAAAACAAAUGUACAGACAGUAUGCUGUGGGAAGCUUUGGAAAUAGCACAAUUGAAGCAUGUAGUGAAAGCUUUACCUGGAGGGUUAGAUGCUAUAGUCACCGAAGGAGGAGAAAAUUUCAGCCAAGGACAAAGACAGCUAUUCUGCUUAGCCAGAGCAUUUGUACGGAAGACAAGUAUCUUCAUCAUGGAUGAAGCCACAGCAUCCAUUGAUAUGGCAACUGAAAAUAUUCUGCAGAAAGUAGUAAUGACUGCAUUUGCUGAUCGUACAGUGGUGACAAUUGCUCACCGAGUGCACACUAUUCUUAACUCAGAUAUGGUUAUUGUAAUGAAGAGAGGAGUCAUUCUGGAAUAUGACAAGCCAGAAGUCCUGCUGGAGCAAGAGGAGAGUAUCUUUGCUUCUUUUGUCCAAGCAGACAAGUAAAUGCAAAUAAAUUAAAUCUUUGAAAAUUCA